UUUGAUCACAACGUAUUUUAAAAUGUAUUAUUGAAUUAAUAAAAUUAUAAUAAUUUAAGUACUUAUUAUACAAAUGUUUAAAUAAUGAAAUAUUUGUCUUGUUUAUAAAGUGUAUUUGGAAUUUUUCUUUUAAAUUAAUUGCCUACUUAUAGUAUAGUAUAAAUCUAACAUGUUUAGCUUGGUUAAAAACAUUAAUUUUCAUUUAGUAAAAGAUGUGACAUAUAUUUCUCACUUGCGAAUAUGUGGUUACGAAUUAGUUAAAGCUAACAUCUAUACAUCUCAUGAGUUAAGAAAAAAGCGAAAAUCUAGAGAAGAAAAGAAAAUGGUGACACCACAUAUCUUUGAGCUAAAACCAAAACAAAAUAAAACAAUUAAUAUUUGGAAAAAUAUGACAGUGUCCGAUUUAGAAAGUGCCACUGGCAUACCAACUGAUAACAUAAUACAAAUUAUGGAGUAUGUUAAAGAUUCACAAAUGUAUUCAAAACCUAAUAGUCCUAUCGAUGAUGUACCUGUACUUAAAGAAAUUGCAAAGAAAUGUGGUUUUAAAAGUAACAUAGUUUCCAACCCCAAUACAAAAAAUAAAUCAACUAAUCAUGAAGAAAAAGACGCCGUUAAAAGACCUCCAGCUCCUUACAACUCAACAGUUCCAAGACAUCCAGUUGUCACCAUAAUGGGUCACGUUGACCACGGUAAGACUACACUACUAGAUACACUGAGAAAUGCAUCGGUUGCUAAAUCCGAAUUUGGUGCCAUUACUCAACACAUAGGAGCUUUUCCUGUUGUAUUAGAUAAUGGGAAAAAAAUUACAUUUCUCGACACACCUGGACAUGCGGCAUUCGCUACAAUUAGAAGUCGUGGUGCUCAAGUUACAGAUAUAGUAAUAUUAGUUGUUGCCGCUGAUGAUGGUGUCAUGGAACAAACCAUUGAAUCCAUAAGAAUGGCUAAAAACGCUAAAGUUCCAAUUAUCGUGGCAAUUAAUAAAAUAGACAAACCUACAGCUAAUAUAGAGCGUUGUAAGAAAAUGUUGCAAACUCAAGGUGGAUUAGACCUAGAAGAAUUUGGUGGAAACGUUCAAGUAGUUUCUAUAUCUGCCUUACAUGGUACUAAUUUCGACAAUUUGAUAGAAUCCAUUCUAACGCAAGCAGAAAUUUUGGAUCUACGGGCUGAUCCUAAUCCCCCGGCUGAGGGUGUCAUCAUUGAAUCAAGGGUGGAUAAUAAAAGAGGGAAAAUCGCUUCAGUACUUGUUCAACGUGGUAAACUUUUGAAUAACAGUGUACUUGUCGCUGGCACUGCUUGGGGAAAGGUUCGUAUGAUGUUAGAUCAUCAGAAUAAUCCAGUUCGAGAAAGUAAUCCAUCAGACGCAGUUCAAGUUCUUGGCUGGCGAGAAGUGCCACAAUCCGGACAAGAAUUUUUGCAAGUCUCAUGUGAAAGACGAGCCAAAGAAAUAAUCGAGUUUCGUUUAUCUAAAGCUACAGAAGAAAAACAAAAAGAAGAUAGUGUUCAAAUAUUAUCAAAGAUAGAGGAACAUAAUAAAGAGUACAAAUCUCAUUUAGAAGAAAAAAGAAAAUUAGGAGUUUAUAGAAGGAGGAAGUUUAGUGCCAUGUAUCAAGAAAAGCUGUUAGAAAACAAAAAAAGUGACAAUAGCGAAGAUAUUCGAUUAAAUAUAAUAAUUAAAGGAGACGUCAUUGGAUCUGUUGAGGCGAUUCUAGAUGUAUUGGAUACUUAUGAAAGUGACUUGUGCAUGCUAGACAUUGUUCAUUACGGAAUUGGCAAUGUGAGUGUUAACGAUAUUCAAAACGCUGAUACUUUCAAAGCAAUAAUUUAUGCUUUCAAUGUAAAUACUUUGGCUGACGCUAAUGAAAAUGCAAAACAGACGGGAGUCACUAUUAAACAGCACAAUAUUAUUUACAAGUUAAUAGAUGACAUAAGGGAAGAGCUUAAUAAUUGUUUACCUCCAAUAAGUGUUGAAGAUGUACAAGGUGAAGCCAAUGUGCUACAAGAAUUUUUAAUUAAUGAAAAUAAGAAAAAAGUUCCUGUAGCUGGCUGCAGAUGUACAAGUGGUACCUUAAAAAAAGCCGCUCUCUUUAAAGUGGUUAGGCCACCCGAUGAUGUUAUUUACCGGGGUAAAUUGUCCUCGAUGCGCCAUCUUAAAGACGAAGUUGCAACUGUUAAAACCAAUAUGGAAUGUGGACUUCGAUUGGAUGAUCAAAAUAUUAGGCUAAGGCCCGGCGACAAGGUAGUGUGUUACACAUUAAGAGAAGAGCGACAAAACAUUGACUGGGAAACUGGUUUUUAAAUGCAAUUAAAGCAUAGCUGUGAUUUUUUUUUUGUACUCUUACAAUUUUUUAGUGAAAUUGAUUAAGAUGUUAUAUAGAUGUUAUAAUAUAUAAUAUAUACAAUAAUUGUAUUAUCACAACAUUAUGUUACUAAUAUG